AUGACUCAAUUUACUGAACUGAAUGUAUUUAACAAUCCAAUAACCUCAAAAGGUGCUGAAUAUUUUACAAAUUUGAAACAAUUAAUCAAACUUGAUAUUGGUGGAACUGAAAUUGGAGAUGAAGGAAUGAAAUCUAUUGGAAAGAUGAAACAAUUGACGAAACUUGAAAUGUGUGGAAACAAAAUUGGAGAUGAAGGUAUUAAGGCAUUGAGUAAUUUGAAUUCUUCAUUAACACAUCUUUGUGUUCGUAAAAAUAAUAUUGGACAGGAAGGAGCAAAAACACUUAAACAUCUGACACGACUAAACUAUCUCGAUAUUCGAAAGAAUAAACUAGGCAAUCAAGGUGCGAAAGAAAUUAGUGAACUUCCUCAACUGACAAGACUAUUCAUUUGUAAAAAUAAUAUUGGGGAUGAAGGUGCCAAAGCAAUUGGUGAAAUUCAAACAUUAACUCAACUCGUCAUGAGUGAGAAUCCAAUUGGGGAUGGAGGUGCAAUUUCAGUUAGUCAAUUGAGACACUUAAAAACACUUUGCAUUCAGUGGACUAAUGUCAGAACAGAAGGAAUUAAGGCGAUCUGUAAUAUGAAACAAUUGACUUGUCUCCAUAUUCAAUCAAACAAAUUAGGUUUCGAUGAUAUCAAACCAAUUGGUCAACUGAAUCAAUUAACCAGACUUUUAAUUAGUGAUAAUCAAAUUGGAGAUUCAGGAGCAAAAAUAAUAAGUGAACUAAAUCAAUUGACUAAUCUCCGUAUCUAUGACAGUAAUAUUGGAAUUGAGGGAGCAAAAUCAUUAAGUGGAAUGAAAAAUUUAACCAAACUAAACCUUUCGGGAAAUAAAAUUGGAAAUAAAGGACUCGAGGCAAUUAGUGGAAUGCUCCAAUUGCAAAAACUCUCAGUCAUUCACUGUGAAAUUGGAGAUGAAGGAGCUAAAUAUUUGUUGAACAUGCCCAAUUUGAGGAAACUUUAUAUUGGUGAUGAUAUUUCGGAUAGAAUAAUCAAGGAACUGAGGAAAAAAAUGAAAGUGGUUGAUCACUACUAA